AUGGAAGAUAUCAUGGAUGAUAUGAGGAAGAUAGAGGACAGAAACAAAAGAAAGAGUGUGAAAAUUAAGAUUUUCAACAAAGCAUUAAAGAAAACCAAGGGUUCAUCAACUCGGACAGACCAGGCCCACGUUUGUGAUGUCACAGAACACAAUGAUGAACCUGACAUUCGAAAAAGGCUUAGGGUGUAUGUGAGACAGGUGAAUAUUGAAAGUGAAAGAAGUGAAGUAAAGGAGGGAGAAAAGAGGAGGAAGCUUUUGUUACUGAAAUCUAAGAGAGUGAUUAAAGCAAAUGAGGGUAGUAAAGCAAAGAAAGUGAAAGGGAACGUCAUGAAAGAACGCAUUUGUGACAGAGAUUGCACUAAACACUCUCAUAUAGAAAAACUUCAAUAUGGGGAUGUAGCUCAAAUGGUAGAGCGCUCGCUUUGCAUGCGAGAGGUACAGGGUUCGAUCCCCUGCAUCUCCAGGUUUUUCACUCCAGGGCUACUCAACUAA